AUGUCGGACCACGAAGACGUCGUCGAUGGCGAGCCGCCCUCAAUAGACCCUUACGAGGUCCUCGGGCUCGAGCGCACUGCAACUGCUGAUCAGGUCAAGAGCGCAUAUCGAAAGGCAGCGCUCAAGAACCAUCCAGACAAGGUCGCCGAGGAACACAAGACAACGGCUCAUGAGACCUUCCAGCGCAUCGCAUUCGCCUACGCCGUCCUCUCAGACCCCGCGCGACGAAAGCGAUACGACACCACCGGGUCAACGUCCGAGUCCAUUGUCGACUCCGAGGGCUUCGACUGGAGCGAAUAUUAUCGGGAGCAGUACAAGGAUGCAGUGUCCGAAGACGCCAUCAAGAAAUUCGCUGCGAAAUACAAGCACUCCGACGAGGAGAAGGACGACCUGCUCAUCGCCUACGAAGAGUGCGAGGGCGACAUGGACCAGGUCUACGAACGGGUGAUGCUCAGCGACGUUGUGGAGGACGACGAACGAUUCCGAAAGAUUAUCGACGAAGCCAUCGAGACGGGCGAUGUACCCAGCUUUGCAGCCUACAAGCAGGAAAACAAGCGGAAGCGCGCCGCUCGCGCCAAGGCCGCAAAGGCUGAGGAGGCAGAAGCAGAGGAGCUAGCCAAGGAGCUCGGUGUUCAUGACAAGAUCUUUGGCGGCAAGGCAAAGGGCAAAAAGGGCAAGGGCAGCUCAGAGGAUGACUUGGCAGCCCUGAUCCAGAAGAGACAAAAGGAUCGUGAAGGAGACUUCUUCAGCCGCCUUGAGGAAAAGUACGGUGCAAAGCCCAAGGGCAAGGGCAAGAAGCGUGCUGCGCAGGGAGACGAAGAGGAGCCAUCGGAGGAGGCGUUUCAAGCUGCUGCUGCCAGACUG